AUGCGCGUGGUUGCUAUUGUCACCGGGCUCGUCUCCCUUGGUGUCCUGACAGCCGCCCAGGCUCUGGCCGCCUGGGACGACUUCACCAAUCUGCUCUAUACCGAGAAGCACCUCACAGACGCCUUCACGAAAUAUGUCGCGACCGGUUACAUCAAUCAUUCGCCUCUGGUGACUGGGAAUGGCAUCGACACUACUCUGGGCGAGUUGUCCGCUAUUGUCCCGAAUGUGGACUCUCAGUUACAGCGUGCGUUUGUCGGAUGGGAUAAGGACGGCACUGCAUAUGGAACUGCUCAUACCAAAGUCAUUGGUAAUGCGACCAUGGGGAUCCCCAAUUCGGCCCUGGUGGACAUGAUCCGCAUGGUGGGGACGUGCUUGGUGGAACAUUAUGACGUGCAGCAAGCCGUGGAUGGCACUGCCCCGAAUCCCAUCGCUUUCUUCUAA